AUGCCUGAUAAUAAUUUGAAGACAAGAAUUGUGGCUCAGAUGAUUGUUGAUAAUAAGAUUCAGUCUUCAUAUGAAUGGAUUUUUAAAUAUGUUAAAGAGUUAACUGGUAUCUUGCCAAAAGUUUUCAUAACAGACAGUGACUCUGUGGUCAAUGGUGCUGUCGCAACUCAAUUUCCUAAUACUUUUCAUAUGCACUGUAUCUGGCACAUAAGCCAAAACUUACCCAAACAUUUAAAGAAUAUAUUAGGUUUUAAAUUUAAUGACUUUAUGAAAGAUUUUUAUAUAGCAAGAAAUAGUCUAACAGAGGAACAAUUUACUAAAAA